ACAUGGAAGACAUUUUCAAAACACUUCCUCAACAUUCUUGUAACUUGUUGAAAUGCGAGUUGACUUGUUACAAGUAUACAAACUUUUGCACCUUCCAAAAGUGGUUCGAGGGAGACUUAAUUCUGGCUCAACAAAGCUUCAAGACCGAGCCUACUGAUGUAUUAUUGUGUGGUUGUCCAGGAAGCGGCACGGCUUGGCUAAAAGCCUUGGCUUUUGCCAUUGUAACCCGACAAAAGUUUGACAAAACCACCAGUCCUUUGUUCACAACCUCGCUUCAUGAUCGUGUUCCUUUCGUUGAGAGAAACUCGAGCCUCUCACUCGUGGCCACACACCUUCCUUACGCUUCGUUGCCAAGAUCAGUCAUAGGUUCCAACUGCAAGAUAGUUUACAUAUACCGGAACAUAAAAGAUGUUAUGAUUUCUCAUUACCAUUUCAUGAGAGAAUCGUUGAAGUUACCGUUGGAAGCUGUUCCAUUUGAGGAGUUUUGCAAGGGUGUUUUGUUUAAUGGGCUGUAUUGGGAUCAUAUCAUGGGAUACUGGAAAGCAAGCUUAGAAAGACCUGGCCAAAUUAUGUUCCUGAAAUAUGAAGAUUUGAUUAGGGACCCUACAAAUAGUGCGAAGAGGCUUGCAGAGUUCGUUGGGUACCCUUUUUCGGCUGAAGAAGCGAAGGCUGGGGUGGUGGAUAACAUUGUCAAGAUGUGUAGUGAGAAACUAUGCAACUUAGAAGUGAAUAUAAGUGGAAAGUGUCGUCCUGAAGAACCUUGCGGGAUAAAGAAACGACUUUUUCACUUCUGGACGAUUGGGAGAACCACUUCAAGGCUUUGAUGAAAGAAAUGAUGAAUUGAUCGAGAGUGUUCGUCAAGAUCAAGUGUGUCGUUGUGUCGGUAUUAACUAUAGAAACUGUUAUGUUUCAGUCUAUCUUUGAAGGUUUGGAGUGUAAAAUAAAUGAGGGCUAUGUCUCUCUUUGGAGUCUG